UAAUUCUGUCAAAAAACUUAUUAAAAGUUCAUCAUUUUUUAUUAAUGUUGACAAAUUAGUUCAAGUUUUAAAACCAGUUAAAACAGCAAUAAUUCUUCUUGAAAGUGCAAGUGUAAAUCUUGCAGAUUGUUUUCUUCAGCUAAUUUUAUUAGCUAAUGCUAUUAAAAAGUUAUCUAUUCAAGGAAUGCAAGAAUUUCGACAACAUAGUAUUAAUGCAUUUAAUAAAUAUUGUGAAAAAUUUGAUCCAAAUAUUUAUAUAUUAGCAUAUUUUUUACAUCCAGCUUUUUCAUAUGUAUUAAAGAAAAAAUAUUGGAAAAUUAUUAUAACUAUAGCAGCACAAAUUUGGAAAAAUAAAGGUGAUGAGUUACAUAAAAUGAUUGAAGAUUCAACAUUUUUACAAUUUGAGGAAGAGGAGGAGAAAGAAGAAGAAAAUAACAAUAUAGCUUUAGAAAUUCCAACCCAUGACGUUCAUGUUUUAAUAAUUGAACAAUUAUUUGAUUUAAAAGAUAUUGAUACAGCAAAUAAUGAAAAUAAUGAUAAUUCAAGUAAUAGUGAAAAUGAUAAUAGUGAUAAUAAUAGUUAUUCAGAUUCAAAUAGUAGUGAUGAUAAUAAUGAUUAUGAUAUUGAAUUAUUAACAGAAAAAUAUUUACUUAAUAAUGAUAGAGAAAUAUUAUAA